AUGGACCUAAGGAGCAUAGCCAAGACUCACCAUCUCCAUGAGAUCUCUCCUGAAGGCUGGGCAUACCUUGUCCAACGCGGUCAGGUUGACAACCGCUACACACCCAUCAGCCAGGGAUAUCGUGUCAUAGACGAGGUGGCGGAUAUGCCCGUUGGCAAUAUACCCACCCGCUGGGCUAUUUCCACCAGCGAGGUCGCCAGGAACGAUAUUUCCUCUAGCGAGGAUGAGGCGCGUCCCCAGGGUAAGGUCAAGGGCAAGACAAAGGAGUCUCCUAAGCGCAGAGCUCCGAGACCUGCAUUGCCGAUGGCCUCAUCCUCAAAUGCUCGAGAGGUUCGCAAAAUUUGGACCGCAGAAGAGGAGCGUCUUCUUGUGCGGCUUCGCUGCGAGGGUCUUCCCUACCAUGUCAUCGCCCAGAAGCACCUCAAGCGGAAGCUCAAGGCCUGCCAGCUCAAGUUCGCGAAGCUGAAGACUGUUUCGCCCCACAAGCAAUUGUGGGAGCAGGCCAAAGCGAAGCGGUUUGAGUUUGGGAAUCAAAUCGACGGCGAGUACGAGGACGAGGACGACCAAGAGGAGUGCGAGUACGACUCUGGUUACGGCAACGGAGAGGAUAGCGACGAUGGCGGCGUUGGUGGCUGCUCGUCGCACAGCGGACAAGGCCGGGAUGGCCAGGAUGGUGCACAGGCUGCCUUGGUCCGUUGA